CAAAGACCAACAUUGGAUAUUAUUUAGCGAGCUAGAAUUAAGUGUUGGAUUUUAGCCACACUUUUAUAAUAGUGUGCAUACUCUGCUUCAAUGGUUGGUGUGGGUGGAAAAUAUCUGGGGGACCCCACUUCUUUUUUCUCUUACUGCAUUUUUCACUUGUAUCUCGCAUUUCAAUUUCUCAUUGCAUUUUCGUGUUCUUUGUUUGUCUUUAUUGCCUUUUUUCUUCCGCAUUCAUAUUCAAAGUCAAAUUCACGCAUUAGCGUCGCACAUAAGGAAAGCUGCCACACGCAUAUAUACCGCACAUUUAACAUGUCUCAGCCAAACCCGAUCUUGGAGUGGGCCACGCAGUUUUACUGCUCCCUGGACGACCACGAAAUGGUUGAUGAGCUGUUAUCUCUUCACGACUGCAACACCGGCAGUUCAAAGUCUGCGUUCCCAUCGUCGGCACUUUCAUCGAACGACACGGAGACGGAAAAUCGCGAUCCGCUCUGCUCGACAGGGGACAGCCAGCCAUUGUAUGUGUCGUUUUACAAACUGCGACGGGCGCUCGAAAACAUUGGUCCAAUGUGUUUAGGUCUCUCAGAAUUGGACAUGGAAUCAAGCGCGCAACUUCCCUGGGAAUCUUUUCUGCAUUCUCAGCGCAUAUCACAGCUCGACCUUAGUAUAUCCGCCAACAUUGAAAGCAAUAACAGCAGCAACAGCAGCAGCAACAUCGAGAUGCCAACAGAUCCAUUUGCGCAAUCACCUGACAACCGGAAGCGAGACGCUUUGGCAUUGGGGCACCAGGCGAAAAACUGCGAUUCUACAAGUUCUCAUGAACCAGUAGAUAUUCCGGCAGCCAUAUAUUCGCUUAUAACCGUCGAAAAGGCGCGCAGGAGCUAUGUUGCGAAGCUGCUCAAUACGAGGCAACCGCAAAGAUCCGUAGCUGAUCAGUCCGAGCGCUGGCGACACAAAGUUGCAAAGCGCAAUAUUGCAUCCGAAACGCAAUUUGAAAACGUGCUGGUGGCGCUGAAGGAGCUCGUCGUGCUGCAAGCCAUUGCCAGCCCGAAAUACGCGCAGAGUGGAGAGAUCAAACGAUGCUUGGACUGUACAGGCAACACAAGCGGCGACGACGACGAGCCUGAUGCCUCGACAGCGCUUCGAGUUGAAACCAACUUUGACGCCGCUCAAUGCCUGACUAUCUUAAACAUGAUGUUUCCAUUGGAUGCGUUUAACAUAGGGAGGCAGGGGUCCUUUGGCAGAAACGAGUGGGACCACAGGUACGCAUUCUCGUUGAAACACGUUGUGAGCCCUCGUAUGCAACUGCAUCAGCUGCUCUGCGAGGUCGAGGCAUGGAUAAACAAAGACGAUCGAGUGACCACAUCUAUGAUCCGCCGAACAAGCAUUUUUGGCGAUCAACACUUGAAGACUCCUGCCGCUGGAGAUUCAGACGAUUCACAGCACGCGAGAAACAGCGCGUGCUCGCAGUCCAGCAACAAUCGGACUCCUUCAGAGUGUCCUGCGUGGCUAGCGUCUGCUCAAGGGUUUGCGUGGGACCAGCUAAAGCAAAGCUGUUUGUCAUAUUUGCAAAGGGCGCAGCAGAAUAUUUGGGAGCACUAUGAGAUAAUGCGCCUGUGGCUGGCCGAAAGCAACCAAUCCACAGUCUCUGCUACCAAGGACGACGGGGAAUGUUUUGAAAGCGCGCAGAAAACCUUGCAAAAUUCGAUUAUUCGAGACAACGAUUUGCUGCUGAGGGAGGUCAACGAGCAACUGCCAUCUGGAAGUACUGUUAUCGAGCGCAUCGCCUGCCACUCGCAGCUAGUGAAGCGCAGGUUUUCGUCACAUGCUGUAUAUGAUGCGUUAUCGAAGUAAACAUUUUCUAUUGUUUUUUGAGGUGGACAUUUUCUACAAUUGUUUAUUUAUUUAUUAAAUGUCAAUGUCAAUUCUAGUGCCAGUGCCAAUGCCAAUCAAUUUUAUUAUUUGU